AUGAGUGACAAGAGAGAGAAUUCAGUUGAUGAGAAACUUGAAACAAAGGAGAAGGAUAACAGAAGUUUGAUUCCAGAUAAUCAAGCGCAGGAUGAGCGAUACGUUCACAAAGUUGGGGUUCCACCAAAGCAAAAACUCUACAAAGAAAUCAAGUCUGCAGUGAAAGAAACAUUUUUCCCAGAUGAUCCUCUCCGUUCAUUCAAGGAUCAAACAAAGAAGCGGAAAUUUAUACUCGGCAUCCAAGCUGUUUUUCCUAUACUUGAUUGGGGAAGAACUUAUAAUUUGACUAAGUUUAGAGGAGAUGUUAUUUCUGGAUUAACAAUUGCUAGUCUUUGCAUCCCACAGGAUAUUGGGUAUGCCAAGCUUGCAAAUUUGUCUCCAGAGUAUGGUUUGUACUCCAGUUUUGUUCCACCAUUAAUCUAUGCACUUAUGGGUAGCUCAAGAGAUAUAGCCAUCGGUCCAGUUGCUGUUGUUUCUCUCUUGUUGGGGACACUGCUUCAAGAGGAAAUUGAUUCUGCUAUGAAUCCAAAAGACUACCUGCGGCUAGCAUUUACAGCUACAUUUUUUGCAGGGAUCACACAAGCCACCCUUGGAAUUCUGAGGUUGGGAUUCCUUAUUGACUUCUUGUCCCAUGCUGCCAUUGUUGGCUUCAUGGGAGGAGCUGCCAUCACCAUUGCUCUCCAACAACUCAAAGGCUUUCUUGGCAUAAAGAAGUUUACAAAGAAAACAGAUAUUAUCUCUGUUAUGCAGUCCGUAUUUGGUUCAAUGAGACACGGAUGGAACUGGCAAACAAUAGUGAUUGCUACAACCUUCCUUGGAUUCCUUCUAUUUGCAAAAUACAUGGGGAAGAAGAACAAGAGGCUCUUCUGGGUGCCUGCAAUUGCUCCACUUAUAUCUGUUGUACUGUCUACCCUUCUCGUCUUCAUAACUCGAGCAGAUAAGGAGGGAGUUGCAAUUGUGAAACACAUAGAAAAAGGAAUCAAUCCCCCAUCUGUAAAAGACUUAUUUUUAUCAGGCGAAUACCUUCUAAAAGGGUUUAAGAUUGGUGUAGUGGCGGGAAUGGUGGCACUGACGGAAGCCGUUGCGAUUGGAAGAACAUUUGCUUCAAUGAAAGACUAUCAAAUAGAUGGGAACAAGGAAAUGGUAGCAAUGGGAGUCAUGAAUGUUGUUGGUUCAAUGUCUUCCUGCUAUGUAGCAACAGGAUCAUUCUCUCGAUCGGCCGUAAAUUACAUGGCUGGCUGCCAAACUGCAGUCUCUAACAUUGUGAUGUCCAUUGUAGUACUACUAACUUUGGCAUUCCUCACCCCACUUUUCAAAUACACUCCUAAUGCGAUUCUGUCUGCUAUCAUCAUAUCCGCUGUGAUCAACCUGAUCGACUUGUACGCAGUGAAACUGAUUUGGAAGAUUGAUAAAUUUGAUUUUGUUGCUUGUAUGGGAGCCUUCUUCGGUGUCAUCUUUUUCUCUGUUGAGAUAGGCCUUCUUGUUGCGGUAUGCAUUUCCUUCGCCAAAAUCCUUCUACAAGUUACCAGGCCAAGGACUGCAAUUCUCGGAAAGAUCCCAAGGACGACCGUUUAUCGAAACAUACUACAAUAUCCUGAAGCAACCAAGGUUCCUGGCAUUUUGAUUGUGAGAGUUGAUUCGGCAAUUUACUUUUCCAACUCCAAUUACAUCAAGGAAAGGAUAUUGAGAUGGCUGGUUGAUGAGGAAGAACAAACAAAAAAGUUAUACCAGAACAAAAUCCAGUUUCUAAUAGUUGAAAUGUCACCUGUUACUGACAUAGACACCAGUGGCAUACAUGCUUUGGAAGAGCUAAAUGGGAGCCUGAAGAAACGAGAAAUUCAGAAGUCCUAACCUGAAGAUAUGUUGGUAAAUGGAAACAGCUCAUUCUAGCAAAUCCAGGGCCCGUGGUGAUGCACAAACUACACGCAUCGGAGUUUGUUGAUUUAAUAGGCCAAGACAAUAUCUUUCUCACAGUUGCAGAUGCGGUCUCAUCUUGUAAUCCAAAGAUAAUGAACGACGUUUGACAAAGCAAAAGAACAAAAAGUUAGGGACUUGGUUGUUUAACGUGAGACAAGAUAAGAGGCACUCACCAAACUGAGACGUACAUAGCUCAACGCAUACAGUGUUUGUAAGUAGUGGGAUGAUUAAGGAAGUGGAGUCAUUUCCAUAUUCAAAAGAGAUAAAGAUAAAGAGAUAUGUAAAAUGGGAAAGUUGGAUUGCAUCAUGUUCUUGAGUCAAGCAAGAAGGUGGAACCAGUAUGAGAUAGAAUUACAUUCAUCGUUCAUUAUUGAA